AUGUUGUCCAUCACCAUUUUAGCACUGGUUGCUGCCGCCCAGGCACACACAGUCGCUUGGACCAAAGGCAUGUAUUGCUCUGGGGGUCCUGAUCUUUCUACCGUCAACCUCAAUACCAACACAGCCGUGGGGCCCCUUUACAAUCUCACUAAGCAGGACUGGUGGUUCCAACAUGAACGUGGAUGCGAUAAAGCACCACCGAUGGACGGCGAUAUUCUCGAACUCCCCGCUGGUGGAAGAUUUACCGUCGAACUCGCCCAUAACCGGGCGCAGACUACACUGUCAUACGAUGGACAGUACGCUUCUGUUUGGCCAGAUGGAAAGGAUCAUCCAGAAGACUGGACAGGCCCUGGAAGUCCGCCAGAAUGCAUCCAGGACGAUGGAGCAAUGCAUACCAACAAUCAAUCCAUGGCUGCUGGUACUGCGUUUGCGAUCAGCUAUCAUUCAGACUUAGCCGAGGUCACAAUCGAGAAUUUAGCCGUAUUUACGGUUUUGGAGCACACACCGUGGAAACGUAUCGCUACAUAUGAAGUUCCGGCCGAUCUUCCUCCUUGCCCUCGGGGUGGCUGUACAUGUGCCUGGCUAUGGGCACCGAAUGGCUGUGGACAAGCUAACAUGCAAGUACCUAUUAUCAGAGUCAAUAAUCCUGAUUGCUAA